UGUGGUUUUCUCAAACAAAUACUUCCAUGUUUCUCAGUACCAGUAUGUCUCUCUCGCGUCCCUCCUUUGCUCCUUCGGUCUCUCCAGCAACUUCGGUUGGAUCCAAUGGCAAGGGCAAAAUUCAGAGUAGACCUAACAUCAUGUUUGAAGUUCAGCAAGAGAGAAUAAAGAAGAUGUUUCAUAAAGUUGACCUACCUACAUCUUGUUACGACACUGCUUGGGUAGCAAUGGUGGCAUCACCUUCUUCUUCAAAAACCCCUCUGUUCCCUCAAACCUUAAAUUGGUUAUUAGAAAAUCAACAAAGUGAUGGGUCAUGGGGUCUUCCUCAUCAUCACAAUCUCUUAAUCAAAGAUUCUCUUUUAUCUACUCUGGCUUGUGUUCUUGCACUAAAGCAAUGGAAUGUGGGUGAACAACAAACUUAUAAAGGACUUCAAUAUAUUGAGUCAAAUAUUGCUGCAACUCGUGAUGAUAAACAAUACUCUCCAAUUGGAUUUGAUAUUAUCUUCUCUCAUUUAAUUGAGUCUGCUCAAAAAUUGGAUCUAAAUCUUCCUCUUGGAGGGAUGCAUUUGGAGUCACUCAUGCAAAAGAGAGAAUUGGAGCUCAAAAGAGGCUGGGAAGACAAUUCAGAAGGAUGGAAGGCAUAUUUAGCAUAUAUUUCAGAAGGAUUAGGAAAGUCACAGAAUUGGGAAAUGGCGAUGAAAUACCAAAGAAAGAACGGAUCUUUAUUUAACUCACCAGCUACAACAGCAUCUGCUUUUACUCACCUUAACAAUACUCAGUGUCUUGAUUAUCUGCUUUCGCUAUUCCAUAAAUACGAUAACACUGUCCCUGCUGUUCAUCCCCUGGACGUCCAUGCACAACUCCACCUGGUUGAUUGUCUUGAAAAAUUGGGUAUUGAUCGUCACUUUCAGCACGAAAUUCAAAGUGUAUUGGAUGAAAUAUACAGAUUGUGGCAGCAAGAGGAUGAUGAUAUCUUUUUAGAGCCAGUCACAUAUGCUAUGGCAUUUCGUUUACUACGCCUGCACGGUUAUGAUAUUUCUUCAGAGGAAAUGAAUCAUUUCUCAGAAGACAAGUUCUGUAAUACCCUUCAAGGAUACUUGAAAGAUGUUGGUGCUAUUUUGGAGUUACACAAGUCUUCGCAGAUAGUUUUACAUUCAAAUGAUUCAGUUCUAGAGGAACAGAGUUUCUGGACAGGGAAAUUCCUGGAGGAAUAUUUGUCGUCUUCCUCAGAUAACGCUCACAAACCUUUUCACAAAAUUGAUCAUGAGAUACGUUAUGCUGUGAGGUUUCCUUAUCAUACUAGUUUGGAUCGCAUAUUAAACCGGACAUCUAUAGAGAAUUACAAAGUAGAUGAAAAGAGAAUUUUGAAAACUUCAUACAGUCAUUUGGACCUCGCAACAAGCAAAAAUAUGUUAGAGCUGGCUGUACAAGAUUUUAACCACGGUUUAUCCAUGUAUCAGAAGGACUUGCAGCAAUUCAACAAGUGGUUUAUGGAGAGUGGACUGGAUAAACUACACUUUGCUGUGUCAAAGACAAAAUUGGGAUAUUCAUUCAUGACAGCAGCAGGAGGGCAUUCAUGGUCAGAACUUAACGAAGCACGCCUGGCAUGGGCCAAGAAUGGCUUGCUUGUUUAUGUUGCUGAUGAUCUCUACGACGUUUGGGGCUCUCAAGAGGAACAGAUCCAUCUUUUAGGCUUGAUGGAGAAGUGGGAUGUAGAUGUGAGCAAAGAAGAUGUUCUGAGACAGUGAAGAUAUUGUUCUUAGCAAUCAAGGGAACCAUUUGUGAGAUUGCGGAGCAAGCUUCCAAGGUUCAAGGACGAAGCGUGUUGAAUCACUUGAUUCAGCUUUGGGUGGAUGUGUUGAGGUCGUUUCUGAAAGAAGCUGAGUGGUCGAGAAACAAGAGUGUGCCAAGCAUGGAAGAGUAUGAACCAAAUUCAAUAGUAUCAUUGGCUAUGGGAGUGAUCGUCCUUCCAAGUCUUUAUCUAAUGGGGCCUCAACUUCCCCAGGAGACUAUCGAAAGUGAUGAAUACAAUCAACUCUUUCAUAUCCUUAGCUUUUAUGGCAGAUUACUCAAUGAUGUCAAUGGCUACAAGAGGGAAAAAGAGCAAGGAAAACUGAACUCAGUUGCAUUGCAAGUGAUUCAUGGGUCAAGUGAAGAAGAGAUCAUAAAGAAGAUGAGAGUGAAGAUUGAUGAGAAAAGAAAAGAGCUUCUGAGAAAAGUUUUGCAGAAAGAAGGGAGUGUGGUUCCAGGAGAAGUCAAACAAGUUUUCUGGAAAAUGGCCAAGUUGCUGACCUUGAUUUACAAGAAGGAUGACGUCAUGCACGAAAAUGAAAUGCCUCAGGAAAUGUUCAGCAUCAAAGAUGCAUUGCUUGGAGAUCCCAUCGUUUUUAAUUGAUUAUUAAUUAACACUUAAUAACCAAAUUGUACUCUUCUUAUUGAGUAACUAGACUGGAUCCCCUACAUUGCACGGAUUUUACAUGAAAUAAUUAAGAAAAGUAAUAUAGACAUAAACAUCAA